UCUGGCAGUGAAGAUGCUGAUCAGGAUGUUCCUUGAUAAUAUUAUUUUGAGUGUCGUUCUCUUGGCUGGCAUAAGCCUAUGCACAGCUGAAGAAGAUGGAUAUGAUUAUUCUAGACCAGCAAUUGGAUUCAGUGAUGGAUUUGGAUCUCAAUCUCAAUAUGUUGUUUCUUCGACAACACCAAAGCCUGUAGCCGUUUACACUGUGAAGCCGCAAGCAAGUCAAUACAAAGCUCCCACUGUAUCAUCGUCCUUUGCACAAUCAUCGACUAGUUUCAGUCGACCAGCUUCGUCAGUGUCUCAAUUUGGCCAAUACCAGACAACACAGAAAUAUCAAGCUCCAAUUGUGUCAACAGUAGCCAAGUCCCAAGCCACCAGUGGACAAUAUGUAUCAGGACAAUACAAAGCUCCAGUUAUUGCUGUGACACCGAAACCCCAAACAAGCUUCGGUGCCUUCCAAGGAUUCAGCCAGUCUUCUUCCAAGACUGGAAGUGGUCAAUAUAAGGCUCCAGUUGUUGCUGUAACAUCCAAGCCUCAAACAAACUUCGGUGCCUUCCAAGGAUUCAGCCAAGCUUCUUCAAAAACUGGAAGUGGUCAAUACGUUUCAGGACAAUAUAAGGCUCCAGUUAUUGCUGUGACAUCCAAGCCUCAAACCAGUUUCGGUGCAUUCCAAGGAUUUGGCCAGUCAGUGACUUCCAAACCCCAAACCAGUUUCGGUGCCUUCCAAGGAUUCGGCCAGUCAACCAAUAAGGUCAGUGCUUCUUCAGGAUUCGCUCAAUACAAACCAGCUGUUUCCAAUGUUGCCAAGCCAUCAUUCGGUGGUUUCCAAGGAUUCAGCCAAUCAAGUCAAUCAAGUUCAUACAGCAAACCAAUUACUACACCAAAACCAAUUGCAAAGCCUGCUGUCACUGAAUACUAUUCAGCUUCUUCAACUGCAAGUCCCGUUACUGCCAAGCCUUAUGUUUCAUCCACCUCAAAACCAUUGGUGAUCACACCCAAACCACAGACAAGUUUCAGUGCCUUCCAAGGAUUUGGACAAUCAAAGCCUGCUGCACCAGCUUUCAGUCAAUAUGGUCAGCAAUCCAGCAAACCAGCAGUUGUUACUGGUCAAUACCAAAAACCUUUGGUUGUGGUCACUCCUAAACCACAAACCAGUGCAUUCCAAGGAUUUGGACAAAAAGUCAACCAAGUUGGUCAAUAUCAAAAACCAUCAACUGGAUACAGUCAAUCAUCUUCCAGUUUCUCACAAUACCAAAAGCCAGUAGUUACUUCAAAACCAUUCACAUCUUUCGGUAACACCGGUCCAUCAUACCUGCCACCAAGCAAACCUCAAGUGUCAACUAUUAAAGUUCAGCCAACAGUCAAGCCUGCUGUUUCCCAAUACAACUUCCAAAGUGCUUCAUCAACUGUUGCCCCAGCAGUAGUGAAACCUCUUCCAACUUUGCCUACUCCCAAGCCUGUGAUUGUAACAUCAAAACCACAAACCGUUUACAACACAUUCCAAGGAUCAGUCUCAAAGCCUCAAACCAGCUUCAAUAGUUUCCAAGGUUUUGGACAGUCAAAGCCUGCUGUUGUGCAAUAUCAGAAGCCAGUGGUGUCAACUCCAAUCAAGUCUCAAUCAACUUUUGGAUCUUCCCAAAGUUUUAGUCAGACUUCUUACCAGAAACCAGCUGUUACCCAAACUUAUUACAAACCAAGUACUACGGCCAAGCCUAAUCUUUCAUACUUGCCACCAAAGGGACAAGCUGUUCCAGCAUACCAAGCACCUACUGUAAGACCAGUGGCACCUAAGCCACAAGCAGCAUUCAGUGGAUUCGGACAAUCCGUUUAUCAAAAGCCUGCUGUCAGUACUUUAAACACCUUCGGUCAACAAUCUGUUACAAAAUACACAAGUUCUCCAGUUACUGUCAAGCCUGUGGUCUACACUCCUGCUACCUUCAAACCUGUGGUUGUCACUCCUAAACCACAAUCGGCCUCCAGUGGAUUUGGACAGUCCGUUUACCAAAAGCCUGCUGUCAGCAAUUUCAACACUUUUGGUCAACAGUCCGUUACAAAGUACACAAGCUCUCCAGUAACAGCCAAGCCUGUAGUCUACACUCCUGCUACUUUCAAACCUGUGGUGGUGACUCCUAAGCCACAGCCAGCUUUCACCGGAUUUGGUCAAUCCGUUUACCAAAAGCCCGCUGUCAGCACUUUCAACACCUUCGGUCAACAAUCUGUUACAAAAUACACAAGUUCUCCAGUGACUGUCAAGCCUGUGGUCUACACUCCUGCUACUGUCAAACCUGUGGUCUACACUCCUGCUACCUUCAAACCUGUGGUUGUCACUCCUAAACCACAAGCAGCCUUCAGUGGAUUCGGACAAUCUGUUUACCAGAAGCCUGCUGUCAGUACUUUCAACACCUUCGGUCAACAAACUGCUACCAAGUACACAAGUUCUCCAGUAACUGUCAAACCAGUGGUCUACACUCCUGCUACUGUCAAACCUGUGGUCUACACUCCUGCUACCUUCAAACCUGUGGUUGUCACUCCUAAACCACAAGCAGCCUUCAGUGGAUUCGGACAAUCCGUUUACCAGAAGCCUGCUGUCAGUACUUUCAACACCUUCGGUCAACAAGCUGCUACAAAGUACACAAGUUCUCCAGUAACUGUCAAACCAGUGGUCUACACUCCUGCUACUGUCAAACCUGUGGUCUACACUCCUGCUACCUUCAAACCUGUGGUUGUCACUCCUAAACCACAAGCAGCCUUCAGUGGAUUUGGACAAUCCGUUUACCAGAAGCCCGCUGUGAAUACUUUCAACACUUUCGGUCAACAGUCCGUUACAAAGUACACAAGUUCUCCAGUAACUGUCAAACCAGUGAUCUACACUCCUGCUACUUUCAAACCUGUGGUCGUCACUCCUAAGCCACAGCCAGCUUUCACUGGAUUCGGACAGUCGACUUACCAGAAGCCUGCUGUCAGUUCUUUCAACACAUUCAGUCAACAAACAGCUACAAAGUACUCAAGCUCUCCCGUAACCGCUAAGCCUGUGGUUUAUACUCCAGCUACUUUCAAACCUGUGGUCGUCACUCCUAAGCCACAGCCAGCCUUUACCGGAUUCGGACAAUCCGUUUACCAAAAGCCCGCUGUCAGUACCUUCAACACAUUCGGUCAACAGUCUGUUACAAAAUACACAAGCUCUCCAGUUACUGUCAAGCCAGUUGUCUACACUCCAGCCACUGUUAAACCUGUGGUUUACACUCCUGCCCCAGUCAGACCAACACUUUCACCUGAAAGCUUAACCUAUCUGCCUCCAAAAGGAGUUAGUGCCCCGCUAAAUGCAGCAUCAUCUUCAGGAGCUAUUUCGCAGUCGUUUUUUGAUUAUGCAUCGGCUACUGCCAACCAAGUAGUCGAUGUAGCUCAAGAGCAGAAGGUUGGAGGAUUUGUUGCUGAUGAAGAGGCUAUCAAAAGUCUCCAAUCAGAUUCGUCAAUAAUUACAAAUCAGGUAUCCAGCGCUAAUACUCGCGAGCAGAAGGUUGAAGGAAUAGAUUUAAGGUCUAGCAAGCUUACAGCAACGAAGCAAGGACAAGAAGAACAAGAAUAUUUCAGCGGAAAUUUUGGCAGGAAUAAAAGACAAAUUUAUUCAAAUGGAGGCUAUCAAGUGAAUUACCCAACUCAAACAGGGUAUUUAUCUUAUCAGGGGAAUCCAAUAACAACUCAGCAGUUUGGAGGAGUUCAACCAAACUCUUACCAAGGAGUUCCCUACCAACAAAUCGCUCAAGCUCAAUCGGUUGUUGGUAUUGCCAAUAAUGGGGGAGCUUUGUAUCAAGGCAAUUAUCCUGCUCAACAAGGUGCUACUUCAUAUACAGCUCCAAAUCAGGAUCCAUACAAUUUUGAAGGUCAAUAUGGUUACAUUUCAUCAGUUGAAGACCAACAACAACACAUACCUCAAAACUAUGAAACACAAGCCCAACAACAACAACAAAUACCUCAAAACUAUGAAACAGCAGCUUCUUACACAGAUGCGGUCAAUACGCAAAUUCCCAAUGAUUCGCCUGUACACGAUCCGCUACCGCUGAAUAGAGAAGAGCAACAAGUUCGUCAGGUUGUCGAAAAACCGGACAGUGAUUUCCGUAAUUUGCAGCCUGGCAGUUAUGUUGGACCUCAUGUUAACAAGAAUUCUGAUCACGAAUACAAUGUCUUCGAUUAUGAUCAGUAUAGUAAGGAUCCAGCAGAAGAUGCCGAAAGUUUAAGCUGAAUUUAGUCUGAUUUAUGAGUAUAGGAAUUUAGAUUUAAGAAUUUAUCAUUAUACGAUUUACCCAAAAAUAAA